UGUAGAUCAUUGUAGUUAGCUUUAAGAAGCAGCAAGUAAAGCAACAGUUCUAGUAUAAUACUAGUAGGUGCACUUUUCAAUUACCUACCAAAAAUGGGUGUUAUUCUUCACUUCACUGCUAAGGAGUAUGAAAAAAAUUGGCCACAAAUAUUGGCCAUUGUGAUUGGUGGUUUAGCUGGCUUAUCCAACGGACUUCUGUUCUCAUGGGCUUCGCCGUUUUUGAUAAAAAUAACACAAGACAAAGUCAACUACGAUAUUACAGAGGAAGAAGGAUCUUACUUUAACACUAUCCAGCCAGUCUCCUUGAUGAUAGCUUGCCCUAUUUUCUCGAAACUAUCAGACGUUAUUGGCAGGAAAAGGACCUUACUAUUAAUUGUCGUUCCUCAAAUAGGCAGCUGGUUGUGUGCCGCUUUAGGGAGAUCUGUUUAUAUGUUCUACAUGUCAAGGAUUUUUUCUGGUAUUGCAGAUGGUUGCCUUUUUGCCACGCUGCCAACUUAUAUUGGAGAAGUAGCCAACCCGACAGUAAGGGGAAUAUGGGGAAACGCUGUAGCUAUGUCUCUAUAUCUCGGCGAGUUCUUGAUCAACGUAUUGGGAAGUUACUUGGGAGUUACGACAACUUCAUGGGUGUGUCUACCAAUAUCUGUUCUAUUCUUCGUCCUGUUCUGGUUCAUGCCCGAGUCACCUUACUAUUACAUCAUGAAAGGCAAGGAACAAGAAGCAAAGGAUUCUUUAAAGUUUCUUAAGAGGAUGAAGAAUAUUGAUGAGAUUUACGAGAACUGUAAAUAUGCCGUAGAGAGACAGUUGUCAGAAUCGGGCACUUGGAGUGAUCUUAUCAAGAUAGAAAGUAACAGAAAAGCUUUGUUUGCUGGAGUAUUUUUACGACUUAGUCAGCAAAUGGCUGGUAUUUCAGUAUUUUUGACAUUCACUCAGUUUAUCUUUCAAAAAUCUGGUAACAACAUGAGUCACGAAGAAGCUUCGAUAGUUUUUAUGGGACUAGCUGUCAUAUUAAACUUGUUUGCUGUAAUUUUUGUUGUGAAGAGAUUCGGAAGAAUCUUCUGUUACACGAUUUCUAUGGUAACUACCAGUGGAGUCCUUUAUGCAAUCUCUGCGUAUUUCUAUAUAGAUGGAAACACAAAUAUCGAUCUAUCUUAUGUUAAGUGGAUACCCCUAGCUUGCAUGAUGUCCUACCUCUUAUUCGCAUCUAUCGGCAUAUCAGUUAUUCCUACAUUGAUGCUUGGGGAAUUGUAUUCUGCUAGCGUCAAGUCCAAAGCAAUGACUAUAUUGAUGAUCGUAUAUGGUAUGGGAAACUUUUUAACUACCACCAUAUUCUAUCAGCUCAAUACACUUCUUGGUUUUUACGCUCCAUUUCUCUUGUUUGCUGUAUCUAAUACUGUUUGUGCUGUUUUGUCGCGGUACGUUAUUCCUGAAACAAAGGGCAAAACGUUAGAAGAAAUUCAACAAAUUCUUAAAGGAGAUUUGAAAAAUUAAGUAUUGCUAGUCAAACAUCGAAAUCUGACAGAAUUCACAAGAGAGUAUUUACUUUCCAUGACAAUAAUAAUAUUAUUACUAUGUAAUAUUUAUAUUUAAAACAAAAUUUGUAAUAUUUAAAUUUAAAAUAAUAAAUUAUGUUUUUAUAA